CUUCUCUCUGCUUCCUCAAAGACCAAACCCUCAAACUUCGCUCCAGAGCGAGAGACAGGAUCGAUGGCGGUGGCGGAGGCUUGGGCGACGCUGAAGCACGCCAUCGAGGCAUACACGGGGCUAUCGGCGGCUACGUUCUUCACGGUGUUGGCUUUGGCCGUCGCCAUCUACUACGCCGUCUCUGGGUUCUUUGGGGAGCCGGCCGUUGUGUCGGAUAAACGGGAGGUUGAGGCUGAGGAGUUGGAGCCGCUUCCUCCGCCUGUGCAGAUUGGAGAGGUCACUGAGGAGGAACUUAGGGCUUAUGAUGGGUCUGAUCCUAAGAAGCCGCUUCUCAUGGCUAUCAAGGGUCAGAUCUAUGAUGUCUCUCAGAGCAGAAUGUUCUAUGGACCAGGAGGGCCGUAUGCCUUAUUUGCUGGUAAAGAUGCUAGUAGAGCACUAGCAAAGAUGUCAUUUGAGGAGAAGGACUUAACUGGGGACAUCUCUGGCCUUGGGCCCUUUGAACUUGAUGCCCUGCAGGACUGGGAGUACAAAUUCAUGAGCAAAUAUGUCAAGGUGGGAACAAUCAAGAAACCGGACUUUGAGAAGGAUGUGCCUACUGUAGAUGCCUCUGAAGCUACUGCUCAAACUGCUGAAGGAAGCUCCUUAAAUACCACUGUCACGGCGGAUGAUCUUGAGGAAAGGAAGGAAGUCGUUGCUGGUGAAGAGGCGAAAGAGUAGGGUUGGGAGCAGGUCCACCUCAUUCAGGUGAGAAUCAACUAGCAGAAGGUGUUUAAAUCUUAUGAAUCAGCCCCUUAACGCUUGUUUAUGUCUGUUAAUUUAAAUGUUAGUGAUAAAGUCAUGGCUCUUGUUCUCCUUUAUACUGCUAUGUUUUUGUAUUGCUGAUUCAGGCAAAGAACACUUUAUUAAUAUGAAAUCCAUAUGAAAUCCAUAAGAUAUGUAACCAAUGUUGGGAACAUGCCUAUGAAUAAAUUCGGCAGAAUAUUCAGGCAGGAAAA